CGACAUAACCCGUGUGCGGUUUUGUCGUAACGUAGUACAAUGAGUUCACAGUCGAACUCGGACCAAGAGUUACGGCACAUGUACUCGUUAUGGACGGCCGAUCAGAACAAACGGUUCGAGAACGCGUUGGCGGAUAUGUACGAUUCUGAUUCUCCGGAUCGGUGGAAGGAGCUUGCCGAAGCGGUCGGAGAUGACAAAACAAUCGAAGAUAUCAUCCUUCAUUACGAAGAACUCGUCGAAGAUUUGAAGAUGAUUGAAUCUGGUCAUAUCCCUUUGCCCAAUUACGCCAAUUCCGAUCAUUUCGAGCAAGACGAUGAGUAGACGAUGAAUGAUCAUUAGAGUUUUUUUUUUGGUAAAAUUAAAUGAUCAAACAAUAAA